AUGCGCAAAACAUCAGCACUCGAGCUGAAGUGUAGCGAUAGCAUCUGCUAUAUAACUUCCGUUGAGAUUCGCGCUUGGGUAUUCUUCGUCAUGGCUCAGUGGAGCCCUUAUACCAUCUUAGUUCUGGUGGUAGCCGCAGUCUCAGCCAGUAAUGGAAACAUCCCGAAGUUCUUGAAAGACUCCAAAACUGGUAAGGAUUUACUUGUGACAGAUGGAGCAGACUGCUAUAGGAAAUGUGAUGGGAACCCGAAGAUCUGUUAUUUUAAACUCAACAUUGAAAGAUAUUCAGUUCUUGGAGGAGCAUGUCGCAACUGCAGCUUGGGAGUUACAGAGGAUUGUCUGAGGCCACAAUGUGUAACAGCUGAUGGUUAUUAUAGGCAUAUGUUAACUAUCAAUAGGUCAUUACCAGGUCCUAAUCUGCAGGUUUGUCGAAAUGACACUGUUGUGGCUGAUGUCGUGAACAUGAUGCCUGAUGAGACUACAUCCAUCCACUUCCACGGGGUCAGCCAGAUGGGUAGUCAGUACUAUGAUGGAGUACCCUAUGUAACUCAAUGCCCAAUCAGUCCUGGUCAGACAUUCAGGUACAUCUUUGAGGCGGACAUGGCUGGAACCUUCUACUAUCAUUCUCACACAGGUAUUCAGAAAAUGGAUGGGUUAACUGGACCCUUCAUUGUCCGUGACUUGGAAUCUGCUGAGGACCCAGACAAAAUGUAUGAUGAAGAUUUACCGGAGCACACAAUACUCAUAUCUGACUGGAGUCAUAUUCCUGGUGAAGGCUUCAUACCAGGCUAUAACACUCCUGAUAUUAGACAAGUUCCAGUGACGUUCUUGUUUAACGGACGUGGAAGGCACCAUGAUGCAACAAAAGUUCUUCCGCUUGCUGAGUACAAAGUUGAGCCAGGUAAGAGGUAUAGAUUUAGAUUGCUGGGCUCUACAUGUAUGACUUGCGCAGUUGUUCUCCAGUUUGAAGGCCACAAGAUCAUUGCAAUCACAUCAGAUGGUGGUCAAGGUUUCAAACCCAUUUCUGUAGACUCUGUAUUGAUCAAUUCAGGAGACAGAUUUGAUGUAAUAAUAAAAGCAGACCAACCUUUGGCUACAUACAGGAUUAUAGCAACUAGCUUAACUGACUACUGUGAUGGCCUAGAACAAGUUGCAUACUUGAUAUAUAAUGGCAGUGAUGAAGUAAAUCUUUUAGGAGAGGUUGUCGACAGGCAGGCUAAUGACUAUGGAGUGAUAUUAAAUGCUGGACUAAGGAUUUGCAAUUCACCCGGCUCAGAGCACAUCUGCCUACAUCACUUGGAAGGAGAUACUGAUGCUCCAGCAAUUGGCAAUAAGCCUUAUGCUAAGUUCAAUAUUUCCUUUGGAUAUUAUUAUUAUGAAGAUGAUGAUCUGUUUAAAGAGGGAACUUAUCAGCAUUACGACGAGUCUACACAUGCUAAUAGACUGAAGUCAUUAGUCAACAAUAUCUCCUUCACAGCACCUCCUUCGCCUGUCCUUAGCCAACUGAGUGACAUACCGGCUUCGUCCCUCUGCAAUGAGGAGUGCUACUCUCCCAACAUCCAGAAGUCUUGCAGUUGUCCUAAUCUGUACAAUAUCCCUCUUGGAGCUGUAGUCGACAUAAUAAUUUUUGAUGAUGGAUACCAUGGGGUUCCAAGUUCAUUUGAUCAUCCAUUCCAUCUCCAUGGAUAUGUCUUUUACAUUCUGGACAUAGGCCUGUUCAAAGAUGGCUUUGAUAACAGGGAGAAUGAAGUGGGAGAAAUGAGCGCCAAGCUCCAUGAAGAUGGUGUGGACCUCAAAGGAAAGCCGGUGAAGGAUACCAUCAGUGUACCUGCAGGAGGAUAUGUCAUUAUUAGGUUCAUUGCAGACAAUCCAGGCUAUUGGCUCUACCACUGCCAUUUUGCAUUCCAUUUGGAGACUGGAAUGGCUGCUCUAUUCAAAGUCGGGGAAGAUAAGGAUUUUCCACCCGUACCUGAAGGAUUCCCUAAAUGUGGAAACUUCUUGCCCACUACAAUUUAAAUGAACUCAAAUAAACAGAUGUAUAUGUUGUACAAAGUCUUUAAACUUUUUAUUGAGAUUUUUUAAUAAAUUAUAUAUUUAUAUAUUUUUUUGUUAUCAUUAUCAUUGAUAAACAACAUACAAACAACAAAAUAAAAAAUUUUAAGAAAAAUUGUCAAUGCACCUAAGUACAUUUCAAAUAACACUACAAAUGACUUGAACGUCCCAACAGUAAAAUCCUACAUCCAUGACAAAUACCCUUUAAUCCUAAAUAACUUUAAUCCAUUAGUCCUUUCUAUUUCCUGCUCUCUAUUAUUUGAUCGAUGCAGACUAAAAAGAAAAUGACCAAGAGACCUACUGCAAUAAAUACAAAAUGAAGCUAAUCAAGCAAACUCACAACUAAUUCCUAUAUCAAAUUUGCUAGAUGUGCUGCAGCACAGGUGCAAAUGGUAAAAAAUGUUAAAUAAAAAAUAAAUAAAAUUAUCAUUGUAUAUGCCACAAGAGACUAAAAAUGCACCAUAAUUAUAAAAUAAAUUUAUAUUAAAUGCUCUUUUAUGAUAAUCACUCAGAUGAAGUGAUGCAGCUCACAGAGAAAAGCGCUGUGUGUGACAGAUAAUUAUCUUUUUUGUGUAUCAGACACAGAUAUAAAGAAUAUACCUCUAUAAAAAAAUUACUCUUGAUUAAAUAAUUAAUCAAGAGGAAAAGCUUGGUGUUUGACUGUGAUCACUGUCAAAUCACAACUCUUGAACCAAGAAAAUGUACUCUUUAAAAAGUACUGGCUCUUUUUUCUCUUCUAACAUUAGGAUUUCAUAAAAAAGGGAAAUUUUUUAUCAAACCCUAGAAGUUCUGACUUUUUCAGGUGAGGAAGGUUAAAGGUGAGAGGAAUGGACAACCAUGAAGAACGCCAAAAACGGCGGGAAAUUUGAUUUGAAUUCUCAAAAAGUCGACUGAGGACCUUGACUCACUUGAGGUUGAAAAAACAGAUAUUCUAGAUGUGAAGAUAACUAUCGGCAAGCUU